GUUCUGAGAUCUACCUGUGCUCAUGAACGAGAAUAUGGAAUAUAAUUUAGACUUGCCCUUAACUUUUUUAAAGGGAAGGGAACGUAUAUGGCGGAGUUAUGGUAUAGUACACGUAGUACUUAGAUGGCAGUCAGGUCUCUUAAAUUGUUUGGUUGAAAGUUCCCUACUUAUUUUUAAAUGUAAUUUUUGUGUUUCAUGAUUGUUUAGCACUUAUCAUUUCUGGACAUAAUUUCCUUGAGUUUAUUCUUGACUGUUGAUUAGGAUUCUAUGGAUUGUAGAGACUCCUGGACGGAAUUGUUUGAUGUUGUGAUUGCUAAGGCCAAUAAACCGCAAUUUUAUACAUCUGAGCAUCCAUUCCGUUGUUACGACACGGAGAAGGACACAUUAACUUUUACCAAGGUUGAUGAAUUUCUUCCAGGUAAAAUUUAUUAUCAUGGAUGCCUGAAAUCCUUUCUCAGAAUAACCAAGUGGAACGGCCCAGAGGUGAUAUAUUUUGGAGAUCAUCUAUUUAGCGACUUGAGAGGGCCAUCAAAGGCAGGUUGGCGUACAGCAGCAAUCAUCCAUGAACUAGAGGCAUGUGUGCCAUCUAAUCCAUUUUCUCGUAGAUUUUAGAGCUUGCUUGUCAUUAUUUCUCAUGACUUCUGAUAAAUAGAUCAAAGUUGGCAUUCCUCCUUCUGUGGGUUCUUAAAUAUGACUCCCUAGAAAACAGGCAUGAAAAUGUCGUAUCAUAUUAUGUUUGCUGAGGCCAAAUAUGUACAAGUUUAGAUAUUUUGUGUGGUCGGGCUUCCAACGAGGUUAGUUCAUUUAUCAGCAUUCGUGAUGGCUCUCAUUAUACUUGCCUGAGUUUGUGAAACUAAAAUCUGAGUCUUAGAUGAGCUGUAUGUGUGAAACAUGAACUCUGAUUUACAUAGGAGGCUCUCUCUCUUAUCAGCCUGGCUUGUGAGUGUUGGUUCUCCUUAUAAGUGGCACCAGCACUGUAGCUUGGUUUACCAUUGCCAGUGUGUGUAGGCCUCUUGCUUACUUGUCCAUACUGAGAGGUAGUGCAAAUCCCCUAGUGGCUGGGUGUAAGACACAGAACUCCAUCGGCAGUGAGUUCUCUCUAAUAGAGAGGCUUAGCUUCAGUAAAUAGUCACUAGGUUUUUUGCAUCAUUGUGCUUGUUUUGUUCUUCAUUUAUUAUUAUAUUGUCUACUUAGACAAUGACAAUGACAUUUAUUUGCUUAUUGUUGAAGAUUUGUUUUUUUUUGGUCAUUUAUAUGAAAACUGACCUUAUCAAAAGUAAAAUUUAAUUUAUCGUUCCUGUACGUGUGAUGAUGGUCGUUAUGAAU